AUGCCUCAUCGUGCGGCAUCCCCGGCCGCCUCCGAGAAUGACUAUGAUAUAACCAAAUCUCUAUUUAGUGAGGACUCAGACGAUGAGACAUUCGCGACCGCAACGAAGAGCAGGAAAGAUGGCGAGGAAUUAAAUGCUGGAGGAAUUUUGGAUCUGGCACAGGAGAGCGAUGGGGAUGGAGGUGACGCUGCGUUUAUUGCGGCUCAGCAGUCGGCUUCGAACCGAAAAGCGUCAAAUGUUAAAGGAAAGAGUGUGAAAAAAGGCGGGGGAUUCCAGGCGAUGGGAUUGAAUGCGCAUCUUCUCAAAGCGAUUAGCCGUAAAGGAUUCUCAGUACCGACUCCAAUCCAGCGGAAAACGAUCCCGCUCGUACUCGAUCACCAAGAUGUUGUUGGAAUGGCUAGGACUGGUUCUGGGAAAACUGCAGCCUUCGUUAUACCUAUGAUCGAGAAGUUAAAGGCCCACAGUGCCAGAGUUGGAGCACGGGCAUUGAUUCUGUCUCCAUCUCGAGAACUGGCGAUUCAGACAUUGAAGGUUGUCAAGGAAUUUGGUCGAGGAACAGAUUUAAAGUGUGUCUUACUAGUUGGCGGAGACAGUUUGGAGGAACAGUUUGGUUUCAUGGCCUCAAAUCCAGACAUAGUAAUUGCCACGCCAGGUCGAUUUCUGCAUCUCAAAGUUGAAAUGUCGCUUGAUUUGUCAUCUGUCAAAUAUGUGGUUUUCGAUGAGGCUGAUCGAUUGUUCGAGAUGGGUUUCGCAGCCCAGUUGGCAGAAAUUCUACACGCCCUUCCUGUGUCACGUCAGACACUGCUGUUCUCUGCGACAUUGCCAAAAUCUCUGGUAGAAUUCGCAAGGGCUGGUUUACAAGAACCAAGUCUGGUCCGUCUCGAUGCGGAAAGCAAAAUUUCUCCUGAUCUUCAGAGUGCAUUUUUCAGUGUGAAGAGUGCUGAAAAAGAGGGGGCAUUGUUGCAUAUCCUUAAUGAUCUGAUAAAAAUGCCAACCGGUGCGCCAGAAGGCGUCGGUGCAACUCAAGACAACGGGAAGAAAAGGAAACGAGGCCCAGAAGGUCCGAGUCGAAAGCAGAAACCGACAGAGCAUUCAACAAUUAUAUUUGCAGCAACGAAGCACCACGUCGAUUAUCUGGCCUCGCUUUUACGGUUGUCUGGGUUUGCGGUGUCCCAUGCCUACGGUUCGCUUGACCAGACUGCAAGAAACAUACAGGUCGAAGAAUUCAGAACUGGUAUGACAAACAUUCUGGUCGUUACGGAUGUUGCGGCAAGAGGUAUCGAUAUUCCAGUUCUAGCGAACGUUAUCAAUUACGACUUUCCGCCGCAGCCAAAGAUCUUCGUGCAUCGGGUUGGUCGAACAGCAAGAGCUGGACAGCGAGGAUGGAGUUACAGUCUUGUACGAGAUACAGAUGCGCCCUAUCUAUUAGACUUGCAGCUUUUUCUCGGAAGAAGAUUGUUGUUAGGCAAAGACAGCGGGGAAAAUGCUAACUACGCGGAGGAUGUGAUAGUAGGUGCAAUGGUUAGAGAUAAGCUUGAAGCUACGAGUGAAUGGAUAACGAAGCUCCUUGGCGAUGAUGAUGAUCUCAAUGGUCUUCGAAAUGUCGCUGCGAAGGGUGAAAAGUUAUAUAUCAAGACGCGAAAUUCGGCAUCAAACGAAAGUGCGAAUAGGGCGAAGGAGGUCGUAGCUUCCAAGGGGUGGAUGCAACUCCAUCCCCUGUUCAAUAGUGAAACCGAUAAUGCAGAGCAAGCCCGGAUUGAAAUGCUUGCGAGGAUAAGUGGAUUUCGACCACAUGAGACUGUGUUUGAGAUCGGAUAUAGAGGGAAAGCUGGCCAUGGAGAAGCAGCGGAGAUGAUGCGACAUCGACGAGAAAAGAUUGUACCACGAAGACAGAAAGAGGAAGAAGAAAUGGCCGCCGCAAAAGCUGAGGCCGAGGAUGAUGGCGAGGAUGAUGUACCUCAGGGUGUCGCAGAGACAUUGGAUGCUGAUGAUGACAGUGACAUCGAAGUAAUUGUGACGAAUAAUGAUAAUGACAUGGAAGAGGCAUCCGAAGGAGAGUUGGAAGUCACCUUUUCAAAAUCCGCGCAAAAAGGCAAAGGCCGAACUCUGUCCUGGAAAGAUUCGGAAAACUUCAUGUCAUACACGCCCAAAACGAUCAAUACAGCGGAAGAACGUGGUUAUGGUGUUCACUCUGGAUCGUACAACACUGCCUCGCAGAAUUCAAAUUUCGUAGAGGCCGCUCGUGGUGUAACUAUGGAUCUCACAAAUGAAGACGGCGGAAAGUCCUUUGGAGAACCAACAAGAGCUAAAGGCAUGCGCUGGGAUAAAAAGAAUAGCAAAUAUGUCGCCCGAGCCAACGACGAGGAUGGGUCCAAAGGAAAGAAAAUGAUUCGCGGUGAAAGCGGACAAAAAAUCGCAGCAUCUUUCCAAUCUGGUCGCUUCGACCGCUGGCGUAAAGCUCACAAAGUGGAUCGACUUCCACGUACCGGGGAAGCAGAACGCGAUGGUGCUACACCCGGUGCCGGUGUUGGUCGUGGCUUUGGAACGCGCUAUAAGCAUAAACAAGAGAGGGCUCCUAAAGAGGCAGAUCGCUUCAGAGACGAUUACCAUGUUCGUAAGAAGAGGGUCGACGAAGCUAAGGAGAAGCGUGUGGGCAGGUUUAGGGAUGGAGGUGGGAAAGGGGAAAUUAAAAGUACUGAGGAUAUUCGUCGGGAAAGGAAAUUGGCGGAGAGGAAGAAGCAGAAGAAUGCUCGGCCUUCGAAGAAGGGGAAGAAAUGA